CGCGCGUCACGACGCCAAAGUGCAUCCGGAAAGAACGGGCGAAGGAAAACGGAGAAUUCAGGGGUGGGCGGACAAGCGAAUUGGGGGGAAUAAGGCCAAAAUUUCGGGCUUCGCCGGCCGGCGUCUGUUGGUUUCGAAUGAUCGGAAUCCAUCACCAAACCAAUUGCGUAUUUGAUUACUGCGUAGUUGAGAUUAAACGACGUGUGCUUUAAGUGCAGGAACCUUUCGACCGAGGGAGGUAGUUUUCUGGUAUAUUUUUGGUCGCGGCGGGCAGACGAUUAAUUCUUUCGGAGCGAAUUCUCCUUGCGAAAUAAGUCCGGCCCAAAAAGUUGGCAAAGAUCGGACGAGAUUGAACCAAAUGCAUGUAAAACGCUCACGUUAAAUAAAAACUUUUGGCAGCGCGUAAAUAGUCACGACCGAUUAUUAGACUGCCGGCAAAUUCGUCGGGGGGAUUUCUUCUCCAGCCCGCUCCUCUGGCCCGCCAAUUUUUCGCCGGAUGCACUAAGCAAUCGAAGGUGUAGAGCAUUUGUUGUGGUUUAGCAAAAUGUUUCGCGAAUGUCGGAACGGUUACUUGCCGAAAAUCGCUUUGAAUUCGUUUGUGCAGAGUGAUCCGAGUUGUUUUGUGAACGAGUGGCAACUGAUCCAGCCAGUUCGGCCACGGGCGUAGCUGGCGAUGGGGAGUGAGCAAUAUUGCCUGCGCUGGAACAACCACCAGGCCAACCUGCUGCGCGUGUGCGCGCAACUGCUGCGCGACGAACGGCUGGUCGACGUGACGCUGGCUUGUGCCGACGAAGGUCGCUGCAUACGUGCGCACAAAGUCGUGCUCAGCGCUUGUUCUGCUUAUUUUCGCGCCCUCUUUGACGACUACCCCGCUCGCCACCCUAUCGUCAUCCUCAAGGACGUGCGUUUCGCGGAACUACGGACCCUCGUCGAGUUCAUGUACAAGGGCGAAGUGAGCGUCGAAUACGCACAGCUGAGCCAGCUCCUCAAAACGGCUGAAAGUCUGAAGGUUAAAGGCUUAGCUGAAAUGACGCGCGAAUACAAACCCGAACCACCUGAGCAAACGGAACCCGAAGAAUUAGUGAGUAGGAGGCCUGCACCACCGUCGCCAGAUGCAAGCGAACCCACACAAACUCGAGAUUCUCCCAUCGUUCCCACUCCGCCGUGCAAAUCGCCCGAUCGCAUCAUGACUGAACCUGCUGCCCUGAAACGAGCACCUUCGGAAAACGGUUCGCCGGAACCUCCUGGCAACAAUUUCGGCCCUCCUCUUCCAAUAACGCACCAGCAGCCGGUGAUUUGCAGGUCCUCGUCGCCUCCCAACUGUGAGCCCCUCCCGGGGCCUUCAAACAUGCCUCCAGUUCAACAAGUGCCCUUGAGUCUCAAAAAAGAAGUCGAUUGGGGAGGAGGGAUGGAUGAUAAAAAUUCAGGAGAGAGUUCAUCGGACUACUCUAGACUUCCACACGAUUCGGAGCGACUAGACGGUGGGGAUCAAGGAAGCACCUCACCGCCCCGCCUCUAUCCGUGCAUGUAUUGCGGAAAUUCGUUCCCACACCAGAGCAAACUGACUCGUCAUAUCCUGAGCCACAGUUUAGAGACGUUGAAAUAUCGGGAACAGCAGAGGCAACCGGUGACUGCGUCCACGCAACCUCCGCCCCACAUGGCCACGUUGCCUACGGAGUCGAUGAGUUUUAUGGAAUUUCGUGGGCCCGAACCACCCGAUCCCACGGAUCAACCACCCACCGGUAUGGUGGCUCCGAUGGAUUUGGACGAUGCGACAGCGUCGGGAGGUGCGGGCGGAGUAGUACUUUGCAAGUUUUGUGGUAAAUCGUUUCCGGACGUGGCGUCGCUGAUCUCGCACCUGCCCGCACACACAGGCGACCGACCUUUUAAGUGUGAGUUUUGUGGAAAAGCGUUUAAAUUGCGUCACCACAUGAAAGACCAUUGCCGGGUACAUACGGGUGAACGGCCAUUCAGGUGCGCACUCUGCGGGAAGACGUUUUCGCGAUCAACCAUACUCAAGGCGCACGAGAAGACGCAUUAUCCGAAAUACGUGCGCAAAUUUCUCUCGCCCAGUCCUCUCGAUACCGAGGAAGAGAGUCCUCAUUAGCCUUGCAGGGCUGUGGUGUGUCAAGUGUUCGCAACGGCGUUGCCAGAUUGUGGUGAAUUUCCAAACGGAUAAAACUGGUGCAACACUAUGUUUUUCGUUCUGUACAAGUAGAGGCGGCGUCUUUACGGCGAAAUUUCUUUUCAGUUGGAAGCAAGGUUUUGUCGAUAGCGCAUUCAAUAAUUGUACGGUACACCAAAAUCAUGAUAUGACGCCACAUAUUGCACGCUCUUAGAACAUUUCUAGAAAGCUCAGAGACUUUUUGAAAUUCAAUGUGCGAUUGAAAGUAGGAUCUUUUUGCCGAACGGCAGUUUCUGACAUCGCACGUAAAAACAUAUCGUUUACUUACCAUUUUAUCGGUUAAAUUUUCAUGUUAAUUUCGUUCGUCGCGUUCUCGACAAAAAGAUCCGAACAUUGCGUCGAAGCAAUCAAUUAACGAUGGUCAGGUGGAUACGGAACAGUUUUAUGUUUUUUAAGUUUAGUUGCGAGAUGUUGAAGAGCUGUGAUAGACUUAUAACUUAGUUUACGAUAGUGAAAUAUGAAUGACCUGACCACACUUCACGCGUUGUUAUUAGGAUUAGUGGUUAUUUAGUUACUGCAAAAGCCACGAGAUUGCUAAAUAGGUUUAGAGAAGUGGAUUUGAUGAUUACUUUCAUCAAUUUCGACUUGUUUGUCCUUUACUUUAUCCGCUUGCGAGCAUUCCACUGGUCUCCGUUCAUACCUUCGCAGUAUUAGAUGUACAGGGAACGAUAAACACAUUGAAUACGUUGCAGUAGAGGUGUGCGAUCACCUUUUACAAAAUUUCAAACCAUGAACUCCGCGAUUCUGUAAUUUUGUGGAUACGCCUCUACUGCAGCCUCCACUUUCAUGAUUUUAUUGAAAAUACCUUGCUUGGGAGUGCAUGCAAUAAUUGGGUCAAAAUAUUAUCAAUCAAAUGCGAUAAAGAAACUGCGACUUUUUUACAAUUCUAGCGUAAAAUACCAUGCUUCAAUAACUUUAUAUUCGGACGGCAAGCUAGAAUUACUUUUACAUUAUAGCUUCAAAAUGUUCGACCCGGACAUUUACGUUCAGUUACAAAUUGGGAAGAAACGAAUAUAAUUCCGUCUACAUCACUAUACGGGUGUUAUCUACAGCCAAAGGAACCCCACACCGGGUCAAUGAAAAUUUUAAUUGGUUAAAACUAACUAACGAGUUAUCUCGUUAAAUUAAUGGGUCUCUCUACUAAUUUAAUUUUAACAAAAAAAUAUUGAGCGAUUAAAUUAUGCAAACCUUGCGUUUUAAGAAAAACCAGUUCGUAUUCUUUUAAUUUUAUUUUCGGUAUCUAGCAGUGUGCUUAAAAUUUUGGGCGGUUUUGAGAGUUCAUUGCCAGGCUAGAUUCAAAAAACAAUUUUUAGCUAAUUAUUCAUGAUUUUUCUAAAGUAACAUCAAACUAUUCAUAAAGUGAGCUUUACAUGAACAGAUGAAUCGCUAUUUUUACCUUUUUGUUUCCAGUCGCAGCAUUCUAAAUCUAGUUCUCAAGUUGCUGCGGUUUUUUUAAUAAAAUCCGAUUGGUCAGACGGAUUCUGCAUCUUUGGGCAUGUGUAGGAACGUUGAUUACCGCAUAUUGGGGAAUAUAUAGCAAUAAUCAUUAUACAAAUACAUAGUAAAGUAAUAGCGUGUCGUACUCGCACUAUAUAGAGCGACGUUAUACAAACAAAUACCGAGUGUAGCGUACGAGUGUGAUAGAUUUAAACUUAUAAGCCAAGACUUGGGCACGCAACAGUUAUAUUUUUCGGUUAAGUAUAUCCUUUGAAGUUUUACCUUUUACCAUUUUUAGUAACUGCCAAGAAGCGAGUUAAAUUUUUUAGGUUAUCAAGUCUUUAUAAAUCUAUCACAAAAACUGUUAAUAUCAGCACCUAGAAACGCCUUAGUCAUAAGUUUGAAGUACUAUUUUUGUUUCCUACUUAAGAGAAUAUAUUUAUAAUAUUUUUAAUAGAGAAAUAUAUAUUAUAUUGUUGUAAAUAGUACGUGUAGUAAAUAAUAGAAAUAUUUAUUAACGAAAUACCCAUAUUUCGGGUUUGAUGAGGCGCGAGGCCAGUGCUCGAUAUAACUCGGACUGUAGACGGAUCCCAAUAGCAACUAACACUCAGUUUUAUAAUAUAGAAACAAACAUAUAUAGAUGAAUGCAAAAGAAUGUUUUAUAGCGGUUUUUACUACCAUCAUAUUUUAUAAGCUAAAGACAAACAACUAAGUAACUUCGUGUCGUUGCCUGGAAAAAAAUUUUGAGUGCCUCUACUAGAUAAAGGAGUCUGCCGGAACGCGAAGAACUUCCUUUCGUUUGCUUUUCAAUAUUCGAGUAACCAGUUAAUGUGACAGGGGUUGCAUUGCCACGUGGAAGAAUUUGCCGGUUCCCUAAAAAUCGGCUAUUUUUAAUUUUAGUGCAUUGAUAUAAUUCGUAUGUUUAGAACAUAAUCGUUGAAAAAAAUUGCAGAUAUAAUCUGUGAUAUAUCCUGUGAUGGGACGAAUUUGUGUUACUUUAUGCGGCUUGUGAUUUUAUAGUUACGUUUUUAAUUUCCAUGUACUUUUGUUUAAAAAAUCGUUUAAAACGUAUCCGCGGUCGGAAGUCAAAAUAGAGGAAAUGUUGUGGCCAAUCGCUCCCUACUACUUUUUGUUUUAUGCUAUCAUAUUAAUUAUUAAACAACUAUCCCACAUUUGCGCAACGAGUUCUGUUAGAGUAUUAAUGUUCCUAGUUGCGAUAGUCAGAAACCAAUUUUAUUACCUCGAUACUAAAAGCGUUUCUUCAUGUAUAAUUAAUAACAUACGUCCUUUAGUCAGUACUUACACACUCAUUACUAACCCCAUUUCGGUACCUACAAAUGCUAUAAAUAUAUUAAAAAGAAAAUAGAUAUCAAGUCUGGACGAAAUAAACUGUUAAUCGUGAUUUAAUAGUGAUUUUCUUUUUACAAAGGUUAGGAUUGUCAAGGACUGGACUCAGGUGAUCCUCAUAAUUUUCAAAACUCUAACCUUUUCGGCAUAUCACAAAGUCUCAUCGACACCCAUUAACAACAAGUAAUAGAAAGAGUGGAGGGAAUGGGAAAGAGAUAUGAAAGUAUCUUAAGUAUCAAAAGGACAAAUUUCUCUCUAGUUAAGUGCAGUAAGUAAGCUACUUAGUAACUUUUGGUUUGCAUAUUCAUUGCAAAAAGUUCAUACGAACGUUCAUAUUACAGGUGUUCAACAUAAAAAAAGGCUUUUUAAAAAAGCUUAACCCAAGUGGAAAAAUUUCUCCCCAGUUUUUUCCCAACCUGGAAUAAAUUUCCUGCAAUAUUUUUGACUUCCUAAAGCGGCGUUUCGUAAAUAAAUGAUAUAAUGUUGUAACAAUUUCGUGUUUGGGCAGAAGUUAGUAUAUUCAUAAUGAAAAAAUUGCUUUAAACAAUUUUAGACAACAGUUAUUAUUGAAAGAAUUACAGUAUAAGUCUAAUUCAGUGGUAGCUCAGGGUCACUCACUUCCGAAUACAAUAAAUAGAUAAAUAAAUACCUAGUUAUCAAAGAAACAAGGAAAUGUUUGUCAGAAUCUUAAUACCCUAUUCAUAUGCCGCUAGCUACCACCAAUAAUAUAAAUAAUUAGAGAGUCGCCCCGUUGUAACGAUUUCUAGAGAAUCUUUUCUUAACCAGUUAUUGUUUCCUUAAAGGGCAUAUGAAUUGUAAAGCCUUAUAAUAUAGAUUCCAGAACAAACAUUUCGCUUGUUUUUCACCGAACUGUUAAAGUUUUUACAGAGCAUAUUAAGCCAUAUAGCACUGGAAUAAUUUACAGAUUUUUUAUGUAUAAUUUUGCCGAGUGCCAACUACCAAACUGUUAGUGAGGUUAAGUUUUACUCAUCAGCAGAACUACUAUCAUCCGGAGUUGCGCGGAUUUCUAUACCACCCAAACGGAGCCUGCGGCCGUAUCAAAAAGUGUGAAGGCAACUAAAUAACAUAAAUUGAUAAGUGGAAAAUAAAACAAACGCAGAAUUUGCAAAAAUAUCCAAAAAAUUACACCAACAGUUUUUAUAGUUAAGUUCUAUAAAAACGUUAGAAAUUUGAAUUUUCACGUCCAUGUUCAAACCUCUGCAAAGUUACAAGAAAACGUACACUCUCUGAGAAAUUAAUGUGAUAACAUUUUUUCUUAGUCUGGAUUAUACAGUCCAUUCGGCAAUAAAAACAUUUUAAAGUAAUAUAAUGUUGUUUGCAAAAAAUGUAACUAUACGGUACUAAUCCGUAUGCUUUCUUCUACAUCGACAAAAAAUUAUUUAUCAGAAAAAAAUUGUUAAAAUUAAAAUUAAAAUACACGGAAACACAACAAAUUGAAGUUUUGCGAUACGAAAAAAAGUGAUAAAUUUAUACCAUUAUUUUCUCAGACAAUGCGUCACUAUUUUCGUAAAAGUAGUAGAACAUGGUAAUGGGCGCGCUGUAAUAUGUCGAGUUGAACUGAAAAUAUACGAAUAACUUUCAGAAAAAUACAUUAUAGGACUGCAGUGUUUUUAUUCAUUUAAAUGUUCCUACAAAUAGAAUACCUGUGUUAAUAUUGUUACUAUGGAAACGUUAGCUAAUCUUAAAUAUUAUUUCAUAGUAGUUAAAACAGAUUUUUUUAUUGUAUCAUAUUAACAGUUAACAGUUUCACUUAAACUAGUACUUAAUUAACAUAUAUUACUUUUACUCAAAUACAAUGCUUAGAUAUUGCUUUAAUAAAUUCUGUGGAGGGCUUGUUCUGCAGCCGAAUUUAGGAUUAGUUUUCUUAUUAUGUGUUAUUUGUUUUUAUGUGUUAAUAGUCGACUGAUCGGGAUAUUCGGAUUAUCAAAUCAUUAACCAACUUUCAAGAGUUUCUUUCCAUUUUCAAAAAGAUUAUUAAUACAUAUAUGUUUUUCCGUGUAUUAAAAAAUAUUUUUGUUACGCCUUUCCAUUUUCUAGGAUUUCUGCAAACUCACUACCCGCACACCCAACAAGUAACAAAUAUAAAUUUCAUAAUAUAACUCCGAUCGGUCGAUUAACCAAAAAAAGCAAUAGCUUUUGUAAGUUCCUGAGUUUAUCUUAAAUGGGCCAUUACCCUACGAAAAUAUGUUAUAAUGGUGAUUAAUUAAUUAUCAACACUGCAGUGGCAUUUUACCUUUGGAAAUCAUAAUCGGUGUCGAGCAUUGUUCGAAGAUUCCGUUGUUCCAUCCUAACCUAUUCUAUAUCGCAAAAGCAUUAAUAUUCGACAAGAUAACCUGCACAUCUCAGUAAAAAUAAUUUUGCUAACCAUUAAAAAUCAAGUAUUGGAAAACAUCAUUUAAAAGUCACGCGAUUAGAAGCGAGUAAUGCUUUUUUAUAUUUUCCCCUCUAAUAGAUUAUGCGUCACGUAACGCAGCUAUGCUUAAUUUUCAACUUGGAAUUUAUUUUCACAUGCUUUUCUAUGAAGCAUGCUGUAUUCCAUGACUUAAUGCGCUGAAAGUAAUAUAGAUAUCAAAAUCAUAACGUUUCUUUAAUUAUUCAAACUCGUUCCAGCGAUACUGUUUUUUUGUUAAUUUCAUAUCCGCCUGUUCUUUUCUUUUCUUAAAUAUGUUUUGCAAUAUUGCCUGCAAUGCUUAUAUUGUCAUAAAAUGCAUAUCAUAGUUGUAAAAAUCCUUUUUUGACAAAUAAAAGAUCUGUAAAUACUUCACCUUGUGUUUACGUUUUUAACACCGCCCUUAUUUUUUUUUAGACCUUGGUUCUUGUGUUAGUGAAAUUGGUUUAUGCCAUGCAUAUACUAAUGGCGAUAAACGGAGUCGUUCGUAUUUAUUUUUUACAUUGAAAAAGAACAUUUAAUAAUAAUAAGUGCGACACAAUUUCGUGAUUAUUCUGGACUAACUGGUUAACACACACCAGCAAGUCCAUUAAGUCAUUGUUUCACACGGAUCUGGAUUCGUGCUACCCUCGUAAGUGUACACUUUAUAUAGGCGAUUAUUUGUUACUAGCUGCGAGUUAAUAGUAAGAGUUUGGUCAAAAACAUUCAUUAUUGUGAGAGAAAAAAGAAAUUUUUACAAGUUAUGGAAAAAAUAUUCGCUUUAAUACUACUAAAAUCACGCGCUGUUUUGAUAAAGUGUUUAAUAGUCGGGAAGGGAGGUCAAGGAAGUUUUUUUCAUUAAAUAAAAAAAACGUUCAUAUGAUGUAUAUCUAUCCUUGCUAAAAGGUACAAUUUGGAAUAUUAAAUGCUAAAUUGUAUAUAAGUAACCGGAGUCACACGAAAAACGAAAAAAAGUAAAAGGGGGUGGGGGGAAUAGGUCAGAAAAAAAGUAGAAAUUGAAAUAGAGUAGAAAAUGAGUUUUGCAAUUUGGAUCGGAUUACUGUGAUUCCGGUCAAUGUGUUGCUUAAUACAUUGUUGUGUUUUGCGAAAUUGUCGAUUUAAUUAAUUUAAAACAUAAAAAACUCACUUAAGUAAACUUACCAAACCAUAUCAAUACGCCAACAUUAAAAUCAGUAUGCAGCCAGCAAGGAUUUUGUGAGGCAAAAUUCAUUCAUUUACAGUCGUAACGGGGAAUGUUUUCUUUGCCGUAUACGUUACUGAUAUCUUCACCGGUAAAUUCUUAUAAAUUUUUUAUUGUUAUAAUUUAUCAAGUAUCUCAAUUGGUAUGUGCUUUUUUCCAUUUUUUUAAGAUUUAGAUUAUUAUAAAUUUUGUUUUAUACAAAUAUUUAGGAAAUUUAUUUGGUCAUCAAAUAAAAUGUUAAUGAUUUCAAUAAGAAUGAUAACGGUUAAUUAAAAAGUCACGAUAACACCCCAUUUUCUGAUUUAUAUAAAUGAGCGAGAGAAAGACAAAAAGCCUAUUACUACUCGUCUUUCUCUAUUGUAAAAUUUUCCUUACUUUCCUUUCAUUUUCUAUCACGGCGUUUCCAUUCCAGUUCACCGAGUUCACCUGUCAAAAUAAAUAAUUUAAUACCUGCCUAAAGAUGUUAUUACUGACUGCUAUAUAUUGGACUCCUAAGUUUUAAAUAUAUCAACAAUUUUUACUCUGUUUUGGUCUCCUUUAGACAAUAAGCUCAUUGGCUUUAUAAAUAAAAUUCAC